GCUUGGUAGUUUAACUUCGAAACACAGAUAGUGCUGUCUCCGCCCCUCUCCCAUGUGACAGCUGCAGGCUGGACCAGAAAGUGACCUGAGGUUGUGUGAGUUGGGAAAGACUUCUUCAAGAACUCCUGCAGUGAGAAUACAAAUCUGAAGACAUGCGGGUGGCAGUGAUUGGAGCUGGAGUCAUCGGCCUGUCAACGGCUCAGAGCAUCUACGAGCAGUUUCACUCCAUCGUCAGUCCAUUGACCAUCGAGGUGUAUGCCGACUGUUUCACUCCACUGACCACCAGCGAUGGAGCUGCUGGCUUGUGGCAGCCCUAUCUCUACGAUAAGGGCAAUGUCCAGGAGACGAAAUGGAAUAAGGAAACAUUUGACUACUUGCUGAGCUGCCUCAGAUCACCGGACUCCAUUGAAAUGGGUGUAUUCCUUCAAUCUGGCUACAACCUCUGCACCGAACCAGCCCCGGAUCCCUCAUUUAAAGAUAUCGUCCUGGGCUUCAGACAGCUCACAGAGCGAGAACUGCAGAUGUUCCCCGGAUACAGUCAUGGGUGGUUCAACACUGCUCUCAUGCUGGAAGGUAAAACAUACUUACCUUGGCUGAUGGAUUGGUUGCAAAAAAGGGGAGUGAAAUUUUAUCAGAGGAAAAUACAGUCUUUUAAGGAGCUGGCAGAGUCUGGGGCAGACGUGGUAAUAAACUGCACUGGGAUGAGAUCAGGAGAGCUCCAGCCGGACCCUGAGCUCAAACCUGGGCGGGGGCAGAUAGUGAAGGUGGAUGCGCCGUGGCUGAAGCAUUGGAUUCUCACCCACAAUUUCAAAGAAGGAGUCUACAAUUCACCAUACAUCAUUCCAGGGAGUCGUCUUGUAACAGUCGGUGGGAUUCUCCAGUUAGGGAACUGGAGUGAAAAGAACAACUCCACGGACCAUAAGAACAUCUGGGAAAACGCUUGCCAGGUCGAGCCAAGUCUCAAGCAUGCCAGGAUAGUCGAGGACUGGGCUGGCCUCAGGCCUGUUCGCAGCAAAGUCCGAUUGGAGAGGGAGACCAUACAGUCUGGAGCAGCUGCAAUAGAGGUGAUACACAACUAUGGACAUGGAGGGUUUGGACUCACCAUUCACCGGGGCUGCGCCCAAGAGGCAGCGAGGCUCUUCGGUCAGAUUGUGGAACAAAAAGGAAAAGGUCCAAAAGCUCGCUUGUAAAUUUAGGUCCAGGUUCACUUCCAAUUUGAAUGUCAGUGCCUCGUAAUCCAUAAACUGUUCUUCUCUAUAACUAACAUUAAGCAAACAGAUUUUGUAUAUCCUAUACCUUUGGGGUUCCUGACUUAAAAACAAGUAAUAAUUGUAAAUUGUAUGUGACUCUGAAGAGCAGAUUAACAGAUUCACACUUAAAUCCAUAGAAGGAUAUGUUGAUUUGAAGAAGUAUGUCAGGUGUUCUUCUUUUUAUUGGUAAAUGUUCUCUUAAAAUGUAACGUAAAAAAACGUCUAACUGAUUAAAUCACUUUUAUUAAUAAAUAACAACAUGAAUACA